CAAAACGACUUCGCGUAUACACUUCUUCACAAUCAAAUUGCAUUUUUGGAACCCCAAAGUAGUAGAGCUUUCCCGCUUUUUCUUCAGAGUUCAAAUAGACGAUGAAGCUCGUUAGGUUUUUGAUGAAGUUGAAUAAUGAGACCGUCUCAAUCGAGCUCAAGAACGGCACUGUUGUUCACGGAACUAUCACAGGUGUGGAUAUUAGCAUGAAUACACAUUUGAAAACAGUGAAACUGACGCUAAAGGGGAAAAAUCCAGUAAAUUUUGAUCACCUAAGCGUAAGGGGAAACAACAUCCGCUAUUAUAUUCUACCCGACAGUUUAAAUCUCGAGACUUUGCUGGUGGAAGAGACACCCAGGGUCAAGCCCAAAAAGCCAACCGCAGGGAAGCCUUUGGGACGUGGCCGGGGCCGGGGUCGUGGACGUGGCCGGGGACGUGGCCGCUAAUCUUGUUAUGCUGGUUUUAUUUUUUUCCACGCCAUAUAAAAACCUUAUUUUGUAGGGACUGUUUAUUAAUUGAUUUUAAGGUGCAAAAGACUGAUAUUACAACAGACUCUUUUAUUUUUACUGUUUCUGAGGUUAUUUGUUUGGCCCUGACAUAGAAGUUGUCUUCUUUCUUAGGACUGCUACAAGUUUUUCUUUGUAGGCUAUUUUGGAUAAUUGAAUUAUGCGCUUUUUAUAA